AUGGAUUCACAAAAGCCCCGAUCAUAGAGCAGACCUGUAGCCACGCCAAGCGACUUUUUAGAUUCAUCCUUCAGUAAAGAUAAUGGAUUUCACAAGACAUUUUUUAACAACCGAAAGAAUAAGCAGAUGUUUACAAAUUUCUUAACUAGACUCGUAAAGGUUCAAAAGUCCUAUCAAAAUGUAAAAACAACCCCUCAAGUAAUUGAUAUGAAUAGCACUCCUCUUAGUUACAAAUUAUAAUUCGAUAAAAAUUUGCUAAGUAUAAAUUCAGGUCAUGUUUAAAGAGGGAGUGAUGUAGAAAGAGUUGAAGCUGGAAGUAAACUUAUACUUAAAAUUCCUUAAUAAACCCCCUAACCUGCUGACCUUAAAGAUGAUAUGGGAACAUUUUCUGAAAUCUCCCCUCUAUCUUGA